AUGGAACUCUCGCUUGAACAAAAACGUCUGCUUAUGCUGUAUGAGUUCAAGCUCGGCUCAAGUGCCGCCGAGGCUGCUCGUCGCAUCAACAGAGCUUUUGGCGACGGAACGGUUGGAAGAAGGACUGUGUCGGGGUGGUACGAAGAAUUCAGGAAUGGCAAUGAAGACUUGACUCACAAACGAGGAUCCGUGCAUUCACCAAAAAUCCUUCGCGAAGCCGUACUUGAAGCCAUCGAAGAGGCUUUGGUGGACAUGUCAAUUGCAGAGAAAAAAGAAGAAAAAGUCAAAAUCGAUGGAGAUGCCACUAUUGAUUAG